AUGGAGAUCGAAGGCGAUGCUGAUUAUACCAUUAAAGUUAUUCUUGUAGGAUCAAGUGGUGUCGGAAAGACCAGCUUGGUUAGUGCUUUUUUCGAUAAUCCUUUCGAAAAUCAAGCUUUACCAACCGUUGCUCCAGCAUCUUGCAACGCCACUAUUGAAGUCGGAGGUGGAAAGAAGGUAGAACUUCAAAUUUGGGAUACAGCUGGCCAGGAAAGAUUCCAAACUAUUUCUCAAAUGUUUUACAGAGAAUCUCAAGUUGCUUUCGUAUGCUUCGAACCAACACCUAAUGAUAAUUAUGAAUCUGGAAUUACAAAUGUUGAUAACUGGAUUGCUAGAGUUAGACAGGAAGUCCCAGAUUGCCUUAUAUAUAUUGUUGCUACAAAAGGAGAUACAAUCAACAAUGAAGAAACAUUAAAACUCAAUAAUAUCGGUAAUGAAAUGGUUGCCAAGCAAAAUGCUAAGGCUUUCCUUGUUACUUCAGCGAAAACAGGAAAUGGCGUUCGCAAUCUUUUCGAAUCUGCCGCUAAUUGCUACUCCACAAUUUUCCAGGCUAACGAGCCAGUUAAGGAAAAGGUUCAUCUUCAGCUAAAGGAUAAGAAGAAAGGUUGUUGCUAG